AUGAUCGUCCUGGAAAAAUGCAACCACGUGAAAAUAAACGACGACGCCAUCGCGAAAUUAGUGCACACCGUUCCCGGGCAUCAGUUCGCUGGAAUGACCUCGAAAACCGGGUUUAAUCGGUUCGACAGUUCUGUGCAUUUUAUAGGGAAAGAGGAGAAAGAUACGAUUCAGUAUUUGUUGGUGUUGGAUGCUAUUAAUUUCUGCUUUUGGCCGGACCACGAUGCGGUGACGGAGGAGCACCCGAUUGGAUUAGAAUACGAACACGUCGCUGGAGGGUUGAAAAAAUCCGUCGAGCGAGACGGGAUUGAGAUUUUAAGCGCGGAGAAUUUAGGUAAAAUGACCGGGGAGAAGCUGAGAGAGAUGUUAGAAUGGCCUCGCGAGUUGCCGUUCGAGGAGGUGCGCGCGAAACGGUUGCGAGAGAUUGGGGAAGGGUUGGCGAGGAGUUUCGGCGGCGAGGCGAUUGAACUCGUCAAGGCGGCGAAGAAAUCGGCGGCAAAGUUAGUAGAUUUAGUCGUGCAAACCUUUCCAGUCGGGUUUACGGAUAUGAGCAGACACACGGGGGAGUGCAGAGAAGGACAAUUCUUUGCGAACGAAAUUUGGUUCUUGAAGAGAGCUCAGAUUUUUGUAGCGGAUGUGUACGGCGCGUUGAAAAAUUCGGGCGCCGGCGAAUUUACGGACAUCGACAAACUGACGACGUUUGCAGAUUACCGAGUCCCGGUCGUUUUAAGAGAAAGCAACAUUUUAGACUACCACUCCGAAUACUUACACAAACGAGUGGAUAAAAAACUGAAUUUAGUCAUCGGGUGCGAGUUAGAAGUCGAGAUCCGAUGCGCGACGAUACAAGCCGUCGAGCGCAUACGAGAUAAACUCAACGAAAAAUACUCCGCGAGUGUCAACGAUAAGUGCACCGCGGUGACGGUCGAUUGGUGGUUGUGGGAAUACGGGGAAAAAAGGCGGGACGAUACCAAUUGGCGACCGCAUCAUCGCACGCGGACGACGUAUUACUAA